AUGUCAAAGGGCGAAAGGAAUGAGACAAAACCUCCUCGAGCUUCGCAAAACAAAGCCCCUUUCUCCGUGUCUGAACUGUCUGAAACACAGGGAAUGUACGCUAUAUUAACUUUCGGCACUACGGUAGAUACCUCUCAUCGUAGCGCUUAUCCAUACCAGACCGACAACCUGCUACAAACUCCCGACCUUAACCCUGAAAACGCAGGUACUAUGCACGCAUCUAGUUUUACAGCAGUUAUCCCCUUGAUCGGCGCGAUUGGCGCUUCAGCGGGCCGGUGCGAUAAAACCAAGUCCUCCGGCGGAUUGACGUCGUACGCCGCUGUUCAGCUGGUCAAUCCGGCAUCCGCGGCUGGCUUCAAAGAAUUGGCAAGUCUUUCCAGGAUCCGAAACGCCGCAGAGAUCGAGAUUGCUGAUCGGAAUGUUCGAUGUCAUAGCCCUGGAUCGAGACGACCGCCAGCGAUCUGGUCAAACUGUCAUGGCGCUUCUUUCACUGCAAGCCUAGAAAGUGGUAGUAAGAACAACGGCACGUGUAUUUUGUGGGUCACCGGAAAAGGGGUCGACGAGGACCGUGACUAUUUGAAGACUACCGAAAAGGAGUUCAAGACGGGGACCAUCUUAGGGACUUGUGAGGAGCACGAGCGGGUCGUGAACGUUGACGCUGGUGGACCAGGCUGCUGCGACAUCUGGUACUGA